CAACGCCGGGCGGUUCCGGAGGGAGGGGGCCGAGUCGGCGCCCGCCCGGGAGCCGGCUGGACAUAGUAAAGAUGCUGCUCUGACUUCUAUUCAGCCCCUGUGCUCAUUGAGGGUAUGUGAUGGCUCUACAUGGCCUCAGCAGGACCAGAAGCCUAUAGCCUACGCCUUGAGACAGGAAACCAGUUCCAGGUGGGCUUCCCAUCGCAGUUGACAGUGCCACCGCUCACAGCAAAGCUUCAUGAAAGCAAGGCCUGGUACCUUGCAAAGCAGCAUCUGAAGCCCAUCUGGCAGCUGGAACGGAAUCAUGUGACCACUCUCCAGGACCACCAUCCAGUCCACUCAGGGACCUCUUCUCCACGUUCCUGCUUCCUGUGCCCAGACUUGCUAUGUCGUGAGGCAGUGCUCCUGAGCCCUUCUCCAUCUCAGCCCUGUUCUUUCCCAAACUCUCUCGGAAGUGGCCUGCUCUAUCGGCGUUCUUACUUCAGACACAAGCCCUAUCGGAGGCUUGAGUCCAUCUGCUUGCAGUCUUGUCCUUUGAAGAAGAAACCUCUUCACAUCCCACCCUCUUUCUUUUGUUCUGUGCCCAAUAACGCCAUGUCAUCCUCAACCAUGGAUCCAUUUCUGGUGCCAAGUACCCCUGGUGGGCGUUCCAAUCAGGUGUCAAAGGGGUUUGCCCUCAGCUCAGGGAAGCAAAGCUCCAUUUCCUAUAGACCAGUGCUAAACAAUAACUCUUUCCUGAGGCCAACCAGUGCUAAAGUGCCUUUGCAGCAGCACCAUCACCACCAACCACUACCGCCAGAAAAUAAGAAGCCGAAAGGCCCGUCAAGACCACCAGGGUUCUCCUGGACUCAUUCUGGGGGAAACGGAGAUUGUUCUGUGAAUCUAGAUAGGAAACUUGGGAAAAGCAGCGGCCUCACUCUAGAACAAACUGGUGCCAAAUCUUGCUUACCUAUUCAGAAUAGUACAGUCCUCAAAGUAGAUAGGUCAUCUUGGCGAGCUGAGGAUGGUGAGACUAGACUGCAGAACCUAAAAGAACAAAAUGUUCGGUUGACGGAAGCCAUGAGGAAGCUGACUGCAAGCGGUAUCCGGAAGAUUAGUACCUACAACGAGUUUGGUCACCGCAUUGACAGCUCCUGCCUUAUGAAUGCAAACUUCCACUCCACUUUGUUCAGUCGGUGGAAACCACACAUUGUAGCACAGAUCACCCCAAAAGAAGUAUCAGCUGCUGCUCCUCCUCCAAAUCUGGAACAUGGUGGCCGCCGCCAGAGCCUUACUGGUACAGAAGGUGCUGAAUCCUGCAGUAAACGCAUCAGUGUUCGCUUUCUAGCCUCAGAUCCUGAGCCUUCCAACCACACCACCUCAAGUCUGGUGGUCAGCUCUCCAUCUGUCAGUAGUGCAGAGCAGGUGAUAAAAAUGGAGCUGUCCCCACGGACUACUAUCUCUGAUGAAGAGACAACAAUUUCCUCUUUGCCAUUUGGCACGGAUACAAAAUGGGGGCAGCCUACUGCUGUGAAAGAUGCUGACUCUGCACUUAACUUGCCCCUACUGGACCAAGCAGAUGUGGAAGAUAUAGAGGAAGAACUCCCUGAUGGCUUGGAAGAUGUCUGCAGUCAGGAUGAGGAGGGAGAAGAAGAUGAUGAUGAAGGUGAAUCAGAUGGUUCAUCCUCAACUGGAUUAUCCCCCAGUGGUUCUGUGGCUAUUGUAUCCAGGAAUUGCAUUGAGGGAUUGGUGCCACCACUUGAGGGCCAAGAGCGAAUUCUCAAACCAGCUCUUGUAUGCAGCCUGUUCCCUAGUGUGCCUCCUACCAUAUACUUUGGUACCCGAGAUGAGAGAGUGGAGAAGCUUCCUUGGGAACAGAGGAAGAUGCUGCGAUGGAAGAUGAGCACUGUGACUCCAAACAUUGUGAAGCAAACCAUUGGCAGGUCCCACUUCAAAGUCAGCAGGAGAAACAAUGACUGGCUGGGCUGCUGGGGCCACCACAUGAAAUCUCCUGGGUUCAGAAUUAUCAGGGAACAUCAGAAGUUGAACCACUUUCCUGGAUCAUUUCAAAUUGGGCGGAAGGACAGGCUGUGGAGAAAUGUGUCCAAAAUGCAGACGCGUUUUGGAAAGAAGGAGUUCAACUUCCUGCCACAGUCUUUUAUUCUCCCUCAAGAUAUCAAGCUGCUCAGGAAGGCUUGGGAAGAUUGUGGAAGCCGCCAGAAGUGGAUUGUGAAGCCGCCAGCAUCAGCUAGGGGCAUUGGCAUACAGGUCAUCCAUAAGUGGAGCCAGCUGCCAAAGCGCAGACCACUGCUGGUGCAAAGAUAUUUGCAUAAGCCCUACCUCAUUGGUGGAAGUAAGUUUGACUUAAGGAUUUAUGUUUACGUCACAUGCUACGACCCACUGCGUAUCUACUUGUUCAAAGAUGGACUUGUCCGUUUUGCCAGUUGCAAAUACUCUUCCUCCACAAAAAGCCUCAACAACAAGUACAUGCACUUGACCAACUACAGUAUCAACAAGAAGAAUGUUGAAUACAAAGCCAAUGGAGAUGAAACUGCUUGCCAAGGUCACAAGUGGGCACUGAAAGCACUCUGGAGCUAUUUGAACCAGAAAGGAAUUGACACUGAAGCCAUCUGGGAGAAGAUAAAAGACAUUGUUGUCAAAACCAUUAUUGCGUCAGAGCCCUACAUUACCAACCUUGUGAAGUUGUACGUGCGGCGCCCUUACUGCUGCCAUGAGCUGUUUGGGUUUGAUGUCAUGCUGGAUGAGAAUCUCAAACCGUGGAUCCUGGAGGUCAAUAUCUCACCCAGCCUCCAUUCAAACUCUCCCCUUGAUGUGAGUAUCAAGGGCCAAAUGGUCCGGGAUGUUCUGAACUUGGCUGGCUUUAUAUUGCCCAACGCAGAUGAUGUGGCUUCACUUUCAGGAAGUACCAGCAGUUCUGCAACCAGCUUGAAUACUCCCAUGAAGGAAAAAUCCAGGCCGUCUCUUGAGGUGUUCACUGCUGAGAAGACAAAGAAAGCUUAUUAUCUGACCCAGAAAGUGCCUGAUCAG